AUGUAUCUUACAGUCUACUGCGUUCUUGCAGUUCUGAUUCUAAGGCUGGCAAGUGCUAUAGAUGAACCUUACGUGGGUCUAAGUUUAGGCUCGAGGACAGUCACACUUGCGAAUCUUACGGACAGCGGGAAUGUCUCUAUAAUCGCACAACUACCAGUGGAUAGCGCAUAUAUCUCGUGGUUUCAGCAGGCUGUCGAGCUUAAACCCAAAUACGAGAUACCCGCUGAUAACGCCGCCUUGAUCGAUGUCCUGCAAGCAGCUCGAAAUGUACUGGAAGCCGCGUCUGCAGAUAAUACUUACAUUUCCGUCAUCGCGCUGCCUUGGAAACUCAGGACGCACAAGCUAGAUGAAAUCAUUAUCGAUGCGUUGACCGAUGCCUCCAUGCUGGAUCCCAGACCGAAAGAAAUACUACGGCUUACCAUGAUCGAAACCAGACAUGUAGUGCAAAUCGCUUACGGCUUCGAUCUGCCACAAAACCUCGGACUGCCGAAAGACUUUGACUGGUCUGCGAAAGUUGAGCCUUUGGUCCUACACAUCGAGUACAACUGGAACUUCAUGGGCUUCCAACUUAUCCAUAUAUACAAGGCAGCAGCAUCUCUGGAGCACGACGCAAUGUUCAAAGGCUUUACAGAUGUAAACUAUCUCGGCACCGAUCAGAAAUCUGCAACUGGAAUCGAAAACCAGCUAUCAGCUUUCCUUGCCAAGCAUAUUCGUCCACCAGGUCCCUCCACACCUCCUGGCGAUCACUUCUACAUCCCAGACCUCCGUGCUGUCACAUUCUCCGGAGAUGCACCUCCCCACGCCUUCGAUGUUUUGCGGACCGCGGUCGAAAAAGUCAUGGGAGAUUAUCCAUACGCCCAACUGUAUGACACGAUCCGCCCCUCUGAGUUGUUUGCUGUGGGAGCGGCUAAGUAUGCGCAAUUCUUGGUUGAGUUCCAUCGUGAUUUCAAUCCGCAUGGUGGGCAUGAGGAGUUGUGA